AUGGCCUCAUUGAUAAUAUGGGACGAGGCCAGCAUGACGAAGCGACAAGCGGUAGAGGCAUUGGACAACAGCAUGCGCGACAUCAUGGGAAUACGUGACCGACCCUUUGGAGGAAAGACUGUUGUUUUUGGUGGGGACUUUCGGCAGGUGCUUCCGGUCGUCAGAAGGGGGUCGCGGGGCCAGAUAAUUGAUGCAACCCUCCGAAGUUCUCAUCUGUGGAAGUGUAUGCGGCAGCUUAGGCUCAUCACCAACAUGAGGGCUCAUAAUGACACAUGGUUUGCAGAUUACUUGCUAAGGGUCAGCAAUGGCACUGAGGAUGUAGACGAUCAAGGCAACAUACUACUCCCUGAAGAUAUUUGUCUGCCGUCUACAGGCGAGGUUGACGACCUGGAGAAACUUAUUGACCACGUGUUUCCGAGUCUAGAUGACAACAUGUCUGAUUCCAAUUACAUGGCAUCUCGAGCAAUCCUUUCCACGACAAACGACAAUGUCGACAAGAUAAACAUCCACAUGAUAGACCGUUUUCAUGGAGAUGAAGUAAUCUACCAUAGCUUUGACAUUGCAGAGGACGACCCAUAUGGCUACUACGCUCAGGAGUUUCUUAAUGGAUUGACUCCUAAUGGUCUUCCUCAGCAUGCACUCAAGCUAAAGCUGAACUGCCCUGUCAUACUUCUAAGGAACAUUGAUCCAGCUAAUGGACGGAGGGUCUUCCUUCCUCGAAUACCUCUCUGCCCAUCUGAAAACGACAUGUUUCCGUUCAAGUUUAAGAGAAAGCAAUUUCCUAUAAGGCUUAGCUUUGCUAUGACCAUUAACAAGGCUCAAGGGCAGACCAUAUCGAUAGUUGGUGUCUACCUACCCAAUCCCGUGUUCUCUCAUGGUCAGCUCUAUGUUGCUUUGUCUCGAGCCACCGCGAAGAGAAACAUAAAGAUACUCAUUCAGAAGGAGAAGCCGAAGGAGAAGGCCAACAAGCUAAAGGACAAUCCAAAGAAGCGAAAAGGACCGACUGUGUCCUUACUGACCUCGAUGAAGAACUGUUGGGGAUAG